AUGCAGCCAAACACCGCCAACAAGCUAGCAACCUUGAACGAGGCCGUGUCCCCGGGCGAUCUUAUCCUUCUUUUCGCUAUGGGGCAAAGGGCCGUCAUGCUGCUCGUCGAAUCAUCCUCUGGCACCCAGAGCUCGAAUCCCCAGACCUCGUCCAUCACUGUGCGAGAGGUGAAGGAAGAAGACGAUUAUACAGCAGAUGAUGAGGACACUACAACCGAAGCAAGAUGCGAUGACUCCGUGGGUCUACUCAGUGCAUAUAUGACUAGCUUCCCUGCGGAGUGUCGGGUUGAAUACUGCGUGAACCCCCAUGGACGACAUGUUCACCAGUACUACUGGGGUGACGAUUGCCCAUUUUGCCACAGUGACAACGGCUCGUACUGUCCCGUGUGCCUGGGUUACGAUUUUGCCCUGGACGACAAGUGCGCGUUAAGAGAGAUAGAAGAUUACGAAGAUAGGAUCCGUAGAGGCGAGUUUGGAUUUGAGGGGGGACCUGCAGAAAUGAAACUGAAGAUCCUCAUGAUGGUACGAGAGCGAUAUGAGUGCAUCAAUGCCAAGAAGGGGGAGAUUGGCUUUAAUAGCCAUGAUGUCGAUGAAAUAGUAGAGAACUGGUUUAAGGACGGUGGUGACGAAUGA